CUGCACAGAGGAGUAUGAGAUGAAGACCAUCGAGCAGAAGUCAGAGCCAGAGCCUCUGGCAGCGGGCUACCGACCCUCUCCUCGUCCAACGUGGAGAUGGGACAGCCCACCUAUUCCUUCAGGGCUCCAAAGUGCACCGAACUCUCAGCGCUGGGCCCCCAUGGGACCCCCUCCACCUCCACUGCCCCGCUCACACAAAACCUUAAUGCCAGUUCCUUACAGAGAGCCACAGCACCUCAACUCUAAGAGGCCAGUGAGCUACCCAGAGAACCAUUACACUCUGUCUCCUGCAGGGGGCGAUAGAGGGCUACCCUACAGAAACCCCUCAGCCAGCUUCUCCUCGCCCUCCUCUGGCCUUGUCGGCCUCUCCGCGAUGGGCGUGCCUGGAAUCACACCGGGACCUUUCGUACGCUAUAAACACUCCCCCGACAGAUUUGGAACAGGACAGCGCCCCCUGCUGCCUUAUGAGCCCCACCUCAGCGUGGACAUCAACUCCAGUGGGGAGUCUUCUUCAGGCUUCACCAGCCAAGAGAGCACCAUGGAGCGCUGCAAAACAGAACCCCUCUGGCAUGUCCCAGCAUCGUCGUCACGGGGACCAGGUGUUGGCGUGGGACAGAGGAGAAUACCCAGACAAGAUGUCCCAGGGAAAGACUCUCCAAACAGACACUCAAAGGGUGAGACUCAGUACUCUAGUCACUCCAGCAGUAACACUCUGUCCAGUAACGCCUCCAGCAGCCACAGCGAUGAGCGAUGGUUUGAUGGAGGAGCUGGAGGAGAGCGAGGAGGAGGCGGGGGUGACCCAUCUGAUGCUGACCCCGACCUUCUCAACAAGGGAGGGUCCAACGACAGCGGCAUUGACGCCUCGACCCACUACACCAACUCCCGCCAUGCAAACAUGUCCAACAACCAGGCUCUCAAGCCCUUACACUGCUCUGCGACCUACAGUGGCGUGCAGGAGUUAUCUGUGGGACGGAGCAGCGGCGGGGGAGAAGCAAGGAGACGAGAGUCUUCACCCAUCAUACCGGCCGAAGCAAAUCAGAACAAAGGGUACCGGACAAGGACAUUCCCACCUCCUGGGUCCAGUGCUGAAAAAAUGGAUGCUUUCAAACCCAGGGCCUACACACCGCAGGGUUACAAAACUCCAACGGCGGAGAAAGCAAGACAUGUCCGAGCUGCGACAGCGACGCCCACUUCGGCUCAGUUAAGCUCCAUUCCUCUGUCAAGCUCCGCCCCCAAGGCCUUAUACGGGAAGGGCAGACAAACCGCCUGGCAGACUGAAGACGGCAGCCCGUCGAACACAACCACAGCAUCUGCCUCUUUAAGCAGCAACAGCAAGAAGCAGGUGGAUACAAAUUCAAAGAACGUGUUUGGACAACCUCGACUCCGAGCCUCACUGAGGGACCUGCGCUCUCCGCGGCGGACGUAUAAGAGCACCAUCGAAGACGACCUGAAGAAACUGAUCAUCAUGGACAACCCGGGAGAGAUGCCACAAAGAGAUCCAUCUCCCAGACGAGCUUUGCAGCGCACAUUUUCAGACGAGUCGCUGUGCAGUGGACGCAGAGACGCCAGCUUCGCCAACUCCGAGAACCAAAUGACCGCGACUGAUGUACUGUUCACCUGCACUCUGCCCACACGCAGACACGGCUCCAACUCUUCCAACCACUUGCAGAGCAAGAAGGCGCCUCUGUCUGCGUCCGAGCUGUCUCUCACUGAAGUCAGGGACAAAGUUCCCCCACUGAGGAGGCUCGAUCCUGGACUGAUGCCUCUUCCUGACACAGCCUGUGGACUGGAGUGGUCCAGCCUGGUCAGUGCUGCUAAAGCCUAUGAAGCACAAAGGGCAGUUUCCCUGUUCUCACUGACUGAGCCACAGGGUGGACAAAAAUCAGACGAGCGGCACGAGGCCCAUGUGACAGGCUCAACGUGUACGUCCCUGACGAACCAGACGAGGCAUCUGCUUCCACAGGUCAGUGAAGGCUCCACUCUCACAGAGCUGGUGGACAGAGGGACUCCUCAGCUGGCCGAGGUCAGUGAGGAAUGCACCAGGGGAGAGGGAGGGAAUGUACCACAGGGGUGUUGA